AUGUCGCAGCCGGCUGUGCGGAUAGGCGCCGUCCUAAACGCUCUCGCAAGAGCACCGGCGCGGCAAUGCCUGCGACCCAUGUCAACCGCGCGCAGCUCGCCCGCUCGACGACCGACGGCCCCUUGCCUUUUCCACGGCCCGGCCCAGGCCCGGCAGCCAUUGGUGCAGCGGAGGUUCAAAUACAAGACGGUCGAGGAGGCAAAGAGUCGCUACCGCUCUGGGCCCUUCUCCUGGAAAGCCGGCCUUCUCUUCGUCACCACUGCCGCCGGUCUCCUGUGGUAUUUCGAGCGCGAGAAGGGCCGUAUGCAGCAAAAGAGGAUAGCCGAGGCAGCAAAAGGUGUUGGGCGGCCCAGGGUGGGCGGCCCGUUCGAGCUACUUGACCAGGACGGCAACGUCAUGACUGAGCAGAACCUGAGGGGCCGGUACUCGCUGGUGUACUUUGGCUUCUCUCACUGCCCCGACAUUUGUCCCGAAGAGCUGGACAAGAUGGCGCGCAUGUUCGACCUCGUCGAAGCCGAGCUCCCGGGCGCGCUGGCGCCUGUCUUCGUCACGUGCGACCCGGCCCGCGACACCCCGAAGGUGCUGAAGGAGUACCUGAGCGAGUUCCAUCCCAAAUUCAUCGGCCUUACCGGCACGUACGACCAGAUCAAAGCCAUGUGCAAGACAUAUCGGGUUUACUUUAGCACGCCUCAGGCCGUGGCGCCAGGCCAGGACUAUCUGGUCGACCACAGCAUCUAUUUCUACCUCAUGGACCCCGAGGGCGAUUUCGUUGAGGCGCUGGGACGGCAGCACUCCCCGGAUCAGGCCGCCAAGAUCAUCAUCGACCACAUGAAGGAGUGGAAGCCGUCAGCCACACGCCAAUAG